AUGGCUCUCGAAGAAAAGGAAAAGACGAUCUGGGAUCAAGUUGAGGAAGAUGGUCCUGAUGAUCUCGAUGCUGAUAUCAUGAAGUCCAGCACCGAGGACAUCAAUAAACGUACGCGUUUGCUUGAGAAUGAUAUCAAGAUGAUGAAAUCUGAGCAUAUGCGCUUGACACACGAACAAAACAACAUGAAAGAAAAGAUAAAAGAUAAUAAGGACAAGAUAAAGGUCAAUAAGCAAUUGCCUUAUCUUGUAGGUAACGUUGUUGAGUUGCUCGAUAUGGAUCCAAACGAUGAGCCCGAGGAAGAUGGUGCCAAUGUUGACCUCGAUGCAGUUCGAAAAGGAAAAUGUGCCGUCAUUAAAACCUCAACUCGACAGACAAUUUUCUUGCCUCUAAUCGGUCUCGUUGAUCCAGCUACUUUAAAACCGGGAGACUUAAUCGGUGUAAACAAAGACAGCUAUUUGGUUUUAGAUACAUUACCCGCCGAAUAUGAUUCACGUGUUAAAGCAAUGGAAGUCGAUGAGAAACCGACCGAAGACUAUAAUGACAUUGGUGGUUUAGAUAAACAGAUUGAAGAAUUGGUGGAGGCAAUCGUAUUGCCAAUGACACAUGCUGAAAGGUUCAAAAAUUUGGGUAUUAAACCACCAAAAGGAGUAUUAAUGUAUGGGCCACCCGGUACCGGAAAAACAUUACUGGCAAGGGCUUGUGCGGCUCAAACUCAAUCCACAUAUUUAAAGUUGGCUGGGCCACAACUUGUUCAGAUGUUUAUUGGUGAUGGUGCCAAACUUGUUCGGGAUGCCUUCAACUUGGCUAAAGAAAAAGCGCCCGCUAUUAUUUUCAUUGAUGAAUUGGACGCCAUAGGAACAAAACGUUUCGAUAGCGAGAAAAGUGGUGAUCGUGAAGUACAAAGAACUAUGUUGGAAUUGUUGAAUCAACUUGACGGUUUUAGUAGUGAUGAAAGAAUAAAAGUAAUUGCCGCUACAAAUCGUAUUGACAUUCUGGAUCCUGCGCUUUUACGAUCAGGACGUCUUGAUCGAAAGAUAGAAUUUCCACUUCCAAAUGAAGAAGCGCGUGCACGCAUACUUCAAAUUCAUUCACGUAAAAUGACUGUUAGUGCAGAAGUCAAUUAUGAAGAAUUGGCACGUUGUUGUGAUGAAUUUAAUGGAGCUCAAUGUAAAGCGGUCUGCGUAGAAGCCGGUAUGUUGGCUUUGAGGAGAGGAGCAACCGAAUUGAGUCAUGAGGAUUUUAUGGAUGGUAUUCAAGAAGUGAUGGCAAAGAAGAAGACAUCUUUACAAUAUUAUGCUUGA